AUGAAAGCAUCACAAAUCAGAAUUUCUGAAGCCUCCAAGGCCGCCUAUGAGAAAUACCUACACGACACGUGUCAAGAGAAAAAACAAAACGAAUACUCCAUGGACGACUACUUAGAAUGGGAGCAAGCCGAGUUUUUAAGGAGCUUACGAAUAGCGCUGCUGCCGGAAACGGUUGAUGGGGACUUUAGAUCUGCUUUACAAAGUGGAAUAACGUCAAUAGUGCCAAAAUUGUUCACCGUACCAUCUCAUCCCACCAGCCACUGUCGCCGACGUAAUGCCACAAUGGACUUUGAAGAGAGAGUGCAUGUUUACACAACAUUCGAGGAUUUACUAAUAGAUCUAGUACUCUCCUCAAAAAUUGCCGAAGGUGCUCUUGGUCCUCCUUGA